AUGGGAGAACCUUUAGGAGAAAAAGAGAGAAAUACAUACUUUGUUUUGCAUUACCGUGACUUUGCUAUUGAUCUUCAUGAAUGCAAUCCACAGAUAGGUCUCAAAGCGUUGCAUAGACUAAUAGCACUCCUGAGGAUGCAGAUAGGUUUUGAUGAUCGAUCUGGUGUUUGUCUUAAAAGAGGCGUGGUGAAAGAGGUGAAUGCAAAGAAAAUUGUACUGAGUGAUGGUACGGAUGUUCCAUAUGGCCUCCUAGUCUGGUCCAUCAGCGUUGGACCCUCAGAGUUUAUCAAGUCACUUGAUCUUCCCAAAUCCCCAGGUUUCAGGAUUAGGGUUGACGAAUGGUUGAGGGUACCUUUAGUGGAAGAUGUGGUUGCGCUGGGAGAUUGUGCGGGUUUUCUUGAACAGAGAGGGAGGCCGGUGCUUCCCACUUUAGCUCAGGUCGCGGAAAGGGAAGGGAAAUUCUUGGAGGAGCUGUUUCGUAGGAUAGGGAAGCAAAAUGGAGGGAAAACAUUUUGCUCGAAAGACAUACUUCUAGGAGACCCAUUUGUGUACAGACAUUUGGGAAGCAUGGCUUCUGUGGGGCGUUACAAGGCGCUCGUCAAUUUAUGCCAGUCUAAGGACACAAAGGGAAUAUCGCAUGUGGGAUUCGUGAGUUGGCUGGUUUGGCGUUCUGCUUAUCUCACGAGGGUAGUUAGCUGGAGGAACAGAUUCUAUGUCGUGGUGAAUUGGGCGACAACUCUGGUUUUUGGAAGAGACAACUCAAGAAUAGGUUGACAAUGAUGCAGAUGCAUUUUAUGAUACAUUGUGCUCUUUCUGGGUGGAAGGUUCAUUUAUUUGUCAGGUAUCUAGCAUGGCUAGUAAAAUAACGAUGGUUUUGCACCA